AUGCCUAUCCCAGAACAUGACAGCCGAAUCCGUCUCUUGGCGACGGCCUAUGUAGACUAUUCCCAUGCUGAUCUCGACGCAGCAAAGACUUUUCUCCAAGACUUUGGCAUGACAAUUGUCGAGGAUCGCGGCGAUCGAGUUUACUUUGCCGGCUACGGGACCGAGCCAUACAUCUACGUUGCCCGCAAGGCCGAAAAGAGUGCAUUCGGCGGUGCCGCAUACGAGGUCGAGUCACGAAGGGAGCUUGAAAGAGCCACUGAGAUCCCCUCCGCUUCCCCGAUCUCCAAGCUCGAUGGUCCCGGCGGAGGCGAGAUAGUCACCCUCACGGACCCCAUGGGACACAAGGUCCACCUUGUUGCUGGCCAAGUCAAGAAGGAGGCGGUCCCUGUGAAUCUCGAGAAACUAACCGUCAACUACGAAGACGAUAAGCCACGCAAAGGCAGGUUCCAGAGAUUUGAACCCGGCCCGGCGCCUGUGCACCGAUGGGGCCACUACGGGGUCACAUACACUCCGGGGAAAUACCAGGAGACCUUCAACUGGUACACCAAGUACCUUGCCCUGGCCGUUUCGGAUGUGGUGUACAAGGACGACCAGCCAAUCACUUGCUUCUUCCAUAUCGACCGGGGCCUAGAGUUCACCGAUCACCAUGCCUUCUUCUUCAAGCCAGCCAAGCCUGGACAGGAGCUGAACGUGGCCCACGCUGCAUUUGAGGUCCACGACUUUGAUAUACAGCAGCUUGGGCACCAGCACCUGAAGGGGAAGGGCUACCAGCUCUGCUGGGGAGUUGGCAGACACGUCCUAGGAAGCCAAAUCUUUGACUACUGGUUCGACCCUAGCAAAUUCGUUCUUGAACACUACGCCGACGGUGACCUUGUCAACUCGGAGACAAAGAUUGCCAAAGUGCCUGCAGGCCCUGAUGCCUUGUCUGUGUGGGGUCCGCCUGUUCCACAAGUGUUUUGA